UAUCUAUUUAUACAUGGUUCACCUAGCGGUGUUGUGGUAAUUAGUUUUGUGUAUCUAUCAACCUAUCAUUAGUGUUUGGAGUGUGAGUAAGUGAGUUAGUGGAGAGGGGAAGGUGGGAUGGGAUCAAAAAGAGAGGAAGGAGAAUACAAGUUGAUGGAGGGAGAAAAAGAAAAGGAAAAGGAAAAGGAAAAAGGAGAGGGUUGGGGGAUAAGGAGAGAAGUGGAAGAGGUGGCGAAGAUAGCGUGUCCAACAGCAGUAACGGCGUUAAUAUUGUACGCGCGUUCGAUGAUGUCGAUGCUGUUCCUGGGAAAGCUGGGAGAGUUGGAGCUAGCGGGAGGGUCCCUAGGAAUGGCUUUCGCGAACAUCACAGGAUACUCGGUGCUGUCGGGACUGGCGCUGGGGAUGGAACCGCUCUGCUCGCAGGCCUUCGGCGCCAAACGCCUGAACCUCUUGUCGUUGACUCUGCAGCGAUGCGUCACGUUUUUGUUGCUCUGCUCCAUCCCCAUCUCUCUCCUCUGGCUCAACAUCUCAAACAUCCUCCUACGCUUGCACCAGGACCCUCGCAUCACGCGGAUGGCGCACACCUACUUGAUAUUCUCCCUGCCCGACCUCCUCACCCACUCCUUCCUCCACCCAAUCCGCAUUUACCUUCGCGCGCAGGGCGUCACCCACCCCGUCACGUUAGCGUCGCUCCUCGGGACACUCCUCCACUUCCCUUUCAACUAUAUCAUAGUCACGCGCCUCGGCCAUGGGAUCGCCGGGGUCGCCGCUGCCUCCGCCGCCUCCAACAUCUCCAUAAUCAUCUUCCUCCUCCUCCACGUCAGCCUCAGCGGCUCGCGCUGCGCCGCGCCCAGCCUAGACUGUCUAGCCGGGUGGAAGCCGCUGCUGCGCCUGGCCGCGCCGAGCUGCGUCUCUGUCUGCUUGGAGUGGUGGUGGUACGAGAUCAUGAUCGUUUUGUGCGGCCUUCUGCUCGACCCCACCGCCACCGUUGCCUCCAUGGGGAUUCUCAUUCAGACCACUUCGCUCAUCUACGUCUUCCCCUCUUCGCUCGGUUUCGCGGUUUCCACUCGCGUCGGGAAUGAACUCGGUGCCAAUCGUCCUUCUAGGGCCAGGUUAUCGGCGCUCGUCUCGCUUUUCAUUGCCGCGAUCAUGGGAUUCUCGGCGAUGUUUUUCGCUGUCGGAAUGAGGCGCCGCUGGGGAAGGAUUUUCACCGCCGACCAGGAUAUUAUCAGGAUCACGUCCAUGGCGCUGCCGAUUCUCGGAAUUUGCGAGCUCGGAAACUGCCCGCAGACGGUGGGGUGCGGCGUGGUGAGGGGGACGGCGCGGCCGAACACGGCGGCGAAUGUGAACCUGGGCGCGUUCUACCUGGUGGGGAUGCCCGUGGCGGUUGGGCUUGGCUUCUGGUUCGACGUUGGGUUCUGUGGGCUUUGGCUGGGCCUGCUCUCGGCCCAGGUGUGUUGCGCGGGACUUAUGUUGUACGUGAUUGGGACCACCGAUUGGGAUUUUGAAGCCCAUCGGGCCCAGUUACUGACGUUGGUUGACGAUGAAGUGAUGGACGGCCACAAACAGCCGUUGACCAGCGCCGUUUGACUCUCUCGGCUUGAUCGUUUGAGGAAAAAAAAAAAAAAAAA